AUGCCGACUGGACGAUUAAAAGAUGAGGGCACACGAGUCCAGGUUAUUUCGGCUGGAGCCAUAGCAGGACUAGUCUCCAGAUUCAUCAUCGCGCCGCUCGACGUAAUAAAAAUCCGUCUCCAACUCCAGCCACGACCAAUUCAAAAGUUGCGCGCCGCCGGCACGCCUGUCGCCCUCGCCUCCCCACAAGGCGCAUACCAAGGGACCUACGCCACACUACGUCAUAUCCUCCGCCAUGAGGGCAUCACAGCCUUUUGGAAGGGCAAUGUGCCCGCCGAGCUGAUGUACGUCUGCUACGCCGCCUCGCAGUUUACCGCCUACCGCUCCGUCACGCUCUUCCUGCAGACCAAGCUGCCCAUCAAGCUGCCCGACGCCGCCGAGAGCUUCAUCUCGGGCGCCACCGCCGGCGCCGCCGCCACCGUCAUGACCUACCCACUCGAUCUGCUGCGCACGCGCUUCGCCGCCCAGGGCACCGACAAGGUCUACCGCGGCCUGUUCGGCGCCAUCGGGUCGAUAUACAAGGAUGAGGGCCCCCGCGGCUUCUUCCGCGGCAUCGCGCCCACGCUUGCGCAAAUCGUACCGUACAUGGGCAUCUUCUUCGUGACGUACGAGGCACUCAAGGUGCGCAUCGCCGACAUGCAGCUUCCAUGGGGCACGGGUGAUGCCACGGCCGGUGUUGCUGGUAGUAUCAUUGCCAAGACGGCCGUGUUCCCUCUGGACCUGGUGCGCAAGCGCAUCCAGGUGCAGGGCCCUACGCGGACGCGCUACGUCUACAGUGACAUUCCCGAAUAUAAAACGACUCUGGGCGCCCUGCGUACCAUAAUCACGCGCGAGGGCUUCCGUGGUAUGUACAAGGGGCUUCCCAUCAGCCUCAUCAAGGCGGCGCCUGGCAGCGCCGUUACUGUGUGGACAUACGAGCGAGCGUUGCAGUUCAUGAUACACUCCGAGGAGCGACAGCACGACGCAUUUAUUUGA